CCAAACGUGGUUGGCAAAAGCCUGUCUUGGCUUUUGAGUCCACGAUUUACUGUUCUUUGUAUAAAAUCUAGGAUACCUUGUGCUGUCUACCUCGCUGGUUGCAGCACAAGAGCAAAUCCUUCGACAGUUUCCAUCUGCAUUUAAGUAAGGAAACUUAUUCUGUCUAACCAGUUCCGUUAUUCAGUCAGUGGAUAACAAGCUCUCUAGUCAUGAUGAGAACAGGUGCGUUACGAUGGAGGAUGUACUUCCUCGGGCUUCUUUUAGCUGUUUCUAUGGUAAUAGCUCAGGAUGAACCCGCUGGUUCACCUUGUGCUUACGACGGACACGUAUUCCAAGAGGGUGAGGAAUGGUACCCCGAUGUGUGUAAUAUCUGUAGAUGCUCCAGUGGUGAGGUGACCUGCAAAAAAGUGGAAUGUCCUGAACCCACUUGUUUAGACGCUGUAGCAGUUGAGGGAAGUUGUUGCCCAAUAUGUCCCGCAAAUGAAGAUGCGCCAGUAGGCACCAGGGACAACGACGAUGUUGAAGCUGAUUCACCCAAUGGUGUCCAAGGACAACCCCCUUACACUGGAGGCGGCUAUGACGAUAAAGGACAAGGCAUGGCAAGACCUGGCCCAAGUUACAGUGCUGGAUAUCCAGGACCACGUGGUAGCAAUGGACCUCCAGGACCACCCGGACCCCAAGGAUACUUAGGACCACGUGGAGCCCCAGGAGAGCCCGGACCACCCGGAUCACCUGGACCUCGUGGACCCCCUGGACCUAGUGGACUUGCCGGAAACAACGGUGAAGAUGGACGUGAUGGUGAACCUGGAGCUCGUGGACUUCCAGGAGCAGGCGGAUCCCGCGGAAUGAACGGCAUCCCUGGACUCCCAGGACCAAAAGGACAUCGUGGUAUGAACGGACGCCCAGGAAAGGGUGGUAGCGACGGUCAGGCUGGUGCAAAAGGUGAAACUGGACCCUCUGGUGCUCCUGGUGCUCCCGGACCCCAAGGAGGUCGUGGUCCUUCCGGAGAACGUGGACGUGAUGGACCAGCUGGAGCUCCCGGUAUUCGUGGAAACGAUGGACAGGUUGGCCCACCAGGACCCUCAGGACCUAUUGGACCACCCGGUGCUCCUGGAUUCCCAGGAAUUGCUGGAGCUAAGGGAGAUGCUGGUUUAGCUGGUGCUCGUGGAAGUCAAGGUGCUGCCGGCCCACGCGGAGAAAACGGAAUUCCAGGCUCAACUGGCCCAGCUGGAGCCCCUGGUCAACCAGGAGAAGCUGGAGAGUCUGGAGCUAAAGGAGACCGUGGAUCUGUCGGACCAAGUGGAGGACCAGGUUUCCCCGGACCUCAAGGACCAAGUGGCUCAAGCGGCAACGCUGGAACUCCCGGAGAGAAAGGUGAUACUGGACUUCCCGGUGGACCUGGUGCUCCCGGUGAAAUGGGACCUCGUGGCGCAAAUGGUCCAUCAGGUGAACCUGGAGUUGCUGGUUUAGCCGGACCCGAAGGAAAGAGAGGACCCGCCGGAUCCGUUGGUGCCCCUGGACCAUCAGGAAGCUCUGGCGAAAGAGGACUCCCAGGUAUUAGAGGUUUCGCUGGACUCCCAGGUCUUGCAGGUGCCCCAGGAGAUCCUGGUGAGCGCGGUAUUACCGGAGAACGCGGAGAAGCAGGCAAACCUGGAGAUCUUGGACGUACAGGUCCACGUGGAGUAAGAGGUCCACGCGGACGUUCUGGACCACCUGGUCAAGAUGGUAGCAUUGGUGCCCCCGGUGAACCUGGUAACGCUGGAUAUGAUGGAAAAUCUGGUGAACAAGGACCUCCCGGACCAUCAGGCUUGCCAGGAAUCCAAGGACUUGCCGGACCUAAAGGAGAUACAGGACCCGCCGGUAGAGAUGGUGAUGUUGGAGCCACCGGUCCCCAAGGUGUUCGAGGUGAAGCUGGAGCCCCAGGUGAAGCUGGACCAGUUGGUGCCCCAGGACCUCAGGGAUCUCAAGGAGAACGUGGUGCCACAGGAAAUGCUGGCAGCCCUGGAUUCCAAGGAAUGGCUGGCGCCCCUGGAGCUAAAGGAAACGAUGGAACCCCAGGAGAAACUGGACCACCCGGACCUGCUGGACAACCUGGUACCCCUGGUGAACGAGGUGAACCUGGAUUCGCUGGUGAACCUGGACCAAGUGGACCCCGUGGAGCUCCCGGAGAGAGAGGACCUUCUGGACCAGCUGGUGAAGCCGGAGAGGCCGGACCACAAGGAAAUGUAGGAAACCCAGGAGAGACUGGACAACCAGGACUUAUCGGACUUCCCGGAGAAAGAGGCGCUGCUGGUGGACCAGGAGCUAAAGGAGACUCUGGAGCCCCAGGACCACGCGGAAAAGAUGGUGAAGCCGGUGUUCCCGGUGAAGUUGGAGCUCCUGGUACCCAAGGACCUGCCGGACCUAUCGGUGCACCCGCCCCCAAAGGAGAUCGUGGUCUUAGUGGACCUCGUGGAGAAGCUGGACCCCCAGGAGGAGCUGGAAACCGUGGUCUUCCCGGACCACCAGGUUCCCAAGGCGCCCCCGGACCUGCUGGACCCGCUGGAGUUGCAGGAGGUAAAGGAGAUAUAGGACCACCUGGACCCUCAGGACCUUCUGGACAACGUGGACCCGCUGGUGAAGCCGGAGCAACCGGAGCAGCUGGCAAAGAUGGAUCUCCUGGUCGUCGUGGAGCAACAGGAGACCGUGGAGCUGCUGGAACUCCCGGAAACGCUGGAACCCCAGGACAUGCUGGACCACAAGGUAUUGGUGGAGAACCAGGUCUUGCAGGAAAACCCGGACCCGCUGGACCAAUGGGACCACCUGGAGAAAGAGGAGAAUCUGGAAUCCCCGGAAAUCCUGGUGAAGUUGGAGCCCCAGGUACCCCUGGUAAUGAUGGAGCACCCGGAGAUAGAGGUGAAAGCGGUAACACUGGACUUGCUGGAGCCCCUGGACCUGCUGGACCACAAGGUGAGAGAGGAUCCCCUGGAUUCCCUGGACAACAAGGUGAACGUGGACCUGGUGGCCUUUCUGGAGCUGCUGGUACUCCUGGAGAACCCGGAAGAAAUGGUGUUGAUGGCGCACCAGGAUUGACUGGACCUGUCGGUGCCCCUGGAUUAGCUGGAAACCCCGGAGAAAUGGGACCUGCUGGUGAAGCCGGACAAAGAGGACCACCCGGUCUCCUCGGACGACCUGGAGAGAAAGGACCUGCUGGACCACGUGGAGCACCUGGAUCUCAAGGUGCACCUGGUAUUCAGGGAUUGGGUGGACCAACUGGACAACCUGGACCCUCUGGUGAACGUGGAGAACGCGGAGAACGUGGACCAAUGGGAAUUCAAGGACCAACUGGACCCCGUGGACCUACUGGACCUGCUGGCCCUGCUGGUGAAACCGGAGAACGCGGACACUCUGGAGCUAAGGGAGACAAAGGAUGGACAGGAGCCCCAGGUAUGCCUGGAAACCCUGGACCACAAGGUAGCAAUGGAGAGGCUGGACUUCCAGGACCCGCUGGACCUUCUGGACCAAGAGGCCGAACUGGAUCCUCUGGAAACCCAGGUCAAGAUGGAGAAGCUGGACCACCCGGACUCCCCGGAAGCGCUGGACAACGUGGACCAGCUGGUAAAGAUGGCCGACCUGGUAACACUGGACCUCCUGGACCACCUGGACCACCUGGCUACGCAUCUGCCGGAAGUGCACCUUUCUACCCAUCAAACCCAGUGAAAGGACCCGACUCAGCUGAUAGAUAUUACGGUGAUGAGCCUCAAGGUGAUGCAAUGACUGUUCUUAAUCAAGCUCUUGGCGCUAUUAACCGUGUCAAGAAACCAAGCGGUUCCAAGCACAAUCCUGGAUCUACCUGCAACGAUAUCUUGAUCAACAGUGAGAAGAAACGUUUGGACAGUGGCAAAUACUUCAUUGAUCCUAAUGGCGACUCUAUCUCUGAUGCUUUCGAAGUUUUCUGUAACAUGCAUACCGGAGAGACCUGUCUCACACCCGAUCAUGUUGAAGUAAGUCUUUUCAGACAACAUUUAUGGACAAAGAAUACCGCUCCUGACCAAUACUUUGUUCGUGAAAUUGUUCAAGAAGAUGAGUUGACAUACGGCAAAAUGGAAGCCAGCCAGAUUAACUUCUUACAUCUCCACUCUGUUCGUGCUCGUCAGAACAUCACAUACAACUGCUUCAAUUCAAGGAGUUCUGGAAUUAGAUUCUUAGCUUACAAUGGCGACGAAUUCUAUGCUAAUCACGAAUUACGUAGACAAACAUACAAUGUAAGAUUAGAUAGCUGUCAACAACAGAUGAACCAAUGGGGCAAGACUGUUUUUGAAAUUGACACCAAACAGACAAAAAUGUUGCCAGUAAAAGAUAUUGCCCUUAAAGAUAUUGGAUUCGAAAACCAGAAUUUCGGUUUGGAAAUCGGAGAAGUGUGCUUCAGUUAGAUGAAAACGCUACCAUCUACUUUACCAUCCGCCGUCUCCAAUUGAGAUAUUAAGAAACAAACAAGUAAAAAUCAAGUGAUGGCUGUUAAAAGAGAAAGAAUUUUUAAAAACUCUGUGACAGAAAGGUGUAGACAGUCCAUAGACAAAAACUAAAGAAAGAAUAGAUAUCAGUAAUAACAACAACUGAUAUAUAUAUUUUUUUAUUUUGUUGCUUUCUAAAUCAAAUUGCGUUCUUCUGGAGCCACUCUAAGAUCUUUUCGGCAUAGUUGCAGACAUUUUGGCUCAGUGUGGAUCCAGAACAAUAGGCAAUAUACAACCAUACUUGCCAGUGUACAGAUAUGAAAUAUAUAGAAUUGAAUGAAAUAUCAUUUUCAUGAACGCUAAAUGUUGAUAUUUUUAGGUGCAACACUUCUGUAAUAAAAUAUUCUUUUAUUGCAUAAAUAUUUCAGCGCCAUCUGUCUAGACUGCCUGCUUCCUGAUCUAAUUUCAGCUGGAGAGGGAAUCAAAGUUUUAAAAUAAAAUUGUAAAAAUAUC